CCUCUCCUCGGGCACGACCCAACCUCGAGCCUCUCCUCCUCACUUCCAUCACUGAUGGCCGACUCGUCCAGUGUCCCCUCUGAGUGACCACAGCGGUGCACAUGUUGCAAAACAAGAUAACCACGAGAUACACUGUGGGCGUUUGUUCUGGUCGCGUGCGUCAGCAUGCAGUCCCCCGUGGACGGUGUCCGCUUCGGUCAGCAGCUCGCUCGGUUAACGUCACUGUGUUUUACUGUUAUCGAUGGUGACGUUACGCACGGGCUCUAACGCGAUCCUCACCGGCAGCAACACGUUGAUUCCGGUAGCUUGGAGAAAGAAAGACUUCUUCUGAGACACCAUGGCCCCACACCCGGCAGUCCAGGCCUUCAUUGACCUUUCUGCAGGAGCCAUAGGGGGAGCUGCGUGUGUCUUUAGUGGGCAGCCUCUAGACACGGCAAAGGUCAAGAUGCAGACCUUUCCUAAUCUGUACCGGGGUUUCAUCCACUGCUUCUCAGCCACCUACAAACAAGUGGGUCUGCGUGGUCUCUACCAGGGCACCUCGCCAGCGCUGGUGGCCAACAUCGCAGAGAACUCGGUGCUCUUUAUGAGCUACGGCUUCUGCCAGCAGGUCAUCCGCUUCACGGCUGGACUGCACAACGAUGCUGUGCUGAGUGAUGUGCAGAAAGCCUGUGCUGGCUCGGUAGCGUCCAUAUUCUCCUCGCUGGUACUUUGUCCCACUGAGCUUGUCAAGUGCCGGCUGCAGGCCAUGUACGAAAUGGAGGCAUCAGGCAAGAUCGCGAAGAGCCAGAAUACAGUGUGGUCGGUGGUGAAAUCCAUCAUGAAGAACGAGGGGCCACAGGGCUUCUUCCAGGGCCUCACCACCACCAUAGCCAGAGAGGUCCCCGGUUACUUCUGCUUCUUCGGUGCCUAUGAGCUCUGCCGCACCACCUUUGCAGACAACAUGAAGUGUGAAAAAGACGACAUAGGUGUGGCUCCAAUCAUGUUCAGCGGCGGUUUCGGGGGGGCGUGCCUGUGGCUGAUCGUCUACCCCUUUGACUGCGUCAAGUCUCGUAUCCAAGUUAUGUCUAUGACGGGCAAACAGGACGGCUUUUGCAAAACCUUCAUGACCAUUACUCGUACUGAAGGCGUGAGGGCGCUCUACUCUGGUCUAACCCCCACCAUGGUCCGCACCUUCCCCGCCAACGGAGCGCUGUUCCUGGGUUAUGAGGCCAGCCGCAAGCUCAUGAUGGAGAAGUUUGACUGUUAAAAUAUGCACAGCACAAAUGAAGGGGGACUUAACUGGAGGAGAAGUAUUGUUGCCAUAUAACGUGCUUAUUUAGUGUGGGACCUGGUUUUAGUGUGGGACCUGGUUUUUUGCCAUUUCCUGCUUUUUUUUAACAUAAAACAAAAAAAAUGCCCCACCAUUUCUUUUUAAUUAACACCUUGUGUUUAAAUCUUUUAAAUCCUUGUAUUGACUUAUUUUGGGGAUUUAGAUAUAGUUUGUUUUUAACUCCCCAAAGAUGCUAUGCCAACACAUGAGAAACGUAUAUGUGCAGCAGAGUAUUGAGCAACCUUAGCCAGCCUCUUUUGUGAGGAAUUGUUAACACUCCAGUUUAUUGUUCGAUGUCUACCUCAACAAAGUCGAAUCCGCACAGAACCAUCUCUCUUUCUGCCAGUCAUUUCAAAUCAUUCUUUACUUCCUUUGUGAGCUGGUACGUGGGGAAGGAAAACACUACAUUAGGUUGUGAGGUUGUCUUUUAACGCGCACAAUCUUAAAGGGCCAGUGUCUAGCAUUUAGGGGGAUCUAUCGGCAGAAAUGGAUUAUAAUAUUCAGGGUGUAAUCACCUGAAACUAACAAUCGUUGUGUUUUGGUUGUCUUAGACUGAGCCCUUCAUAUGUAGACAGGGAGCGGGUCUUCUUCCCAAAGAGGUCAUUAUAUCUGCAGCCACACCGCUAGAUGCCUCUCCCUUUGAAUCCUGUAGCUCAUUGCAUAAAGGUUUUAUUUAGACAUGUGAAGUGGCAUGUACUGAGUACUUUAAGUUGCCUUCAAUGUGUUGUGAUGAAAUCAUUCACAGCUGAGAAUGCGCCUCAGUUUUGGAUCACAACUCAGUUUUGUGAAAAUUCUAGUUAACAAAAAAAGUGAAACAUUUGCUUACUUUUUAAAGAGCCUUGACUGAAGACUUUGAGGUUUUAUCAGCCUCAAUAGAAACAAACAUAGCCAGCAAAAACAGACUGUUUUUAUGUUCGCGUUUUAGUCCACUCCUGUUGCAAUUAAGUUUCCACUCUUUUGGGACCACGUGUUUGCCUUUUUAAAUUCUGACACAUUGCCUUUUUCUGUUGUGUAACCUGGAUUGUUUUGUCCAAGGCAUUCAGACAAAUAUCAACUGCUUCUUCAAACGUGCCAUUUGCACACUGCAUUCCUCGUGCAGGGUUCUUCCAGUAUUAAGUGGUUGGCGAGUCAGAAAUGUUAAUUAUGAAAUGAGUAUUUUUAAAUUCUAACAAUUUGAGACGACACUGAAAUGUUUGUAUAGAGAUCUAUCCUGAUACUCGUUGCAGUAAUACUACUUGCAUUAAAGGUUUCAUUGAAGAA